CCAAUGGGAAGGGAGCGAGUGCCACGAACAGACCAAUGAGGAGGGAGCAGUGCGGGGUUUAAACGUGAGGCUGGGUACUGCUCCUCCCGGCGUGCUGCGGUGGAACGACUGUUGGUCUGCGGUGCGUUCAGGUCCCCGGCUCUUCGGUGGCUCCCGUGCUCUGCUUCUCCCCGUUGAGCUGCUGCCUGGUGAAGAGGAAGCCAUGGCGCUCCGGGUCACCAGGAACACGAAAGUUAAUGUUGAAAAUAAGGCAAAGAUCAGUAUGGCAGGCGCAAAGCGCGUGCCUCUGGCCACUGUUGCAGCCUCCAAGCCGGGACUGAGGCCAAGAACAGCCCUCGGAGACAUUGGUAACAAAGUCAGUGAACAGCCACAAGCCAAAUUGCCUCUGAAAAAGGAAGCAAAAACUUUGGCUCCUGGAAAAGUUAUUGCUAAAAAAAUACCAAAACCUCUGGACAAAGCACCCGAGCCUGUGUCUGUACCUGUGCCAGAACCAGAGCCAGAACAUGAGCCUGUUAAAGAAGAAAAGCUUUCUCCGGAGCCUAUUUUGGUUGAUACUCCGUCUCCAAGCCCAAUGGAAACGUCUGGCUGUGCCCCUGCAGAAGAAUAUCUGUGUCAGGCUUUCUCUGAUGUAAUUCUUGCAGUGAACGAUGUGGAUGCAGAAGAUGGAGCUGAUCCAAACCUUUGUAGUGAAUAUGUGAAAGAUAUUUAUGCUUAUCUGAGACAACUUGAGGAAGAGCAAGCAGUAAGACCAAAAUACCUACUGGGUCGUGAAGUCACUGGAAACAUGAGAGCCAUCCUAAUUGACUGGCUAGUACAGGUUCAAAUGAAAUUCAGGUUACUGCAGGAGACCAUGUACAUGACUGUUUCCAUUAUUGAUCGGUUCAUGCAGAAUAAUUGUGUACCCAAGAAGAUGCUGCAGCUGGUUGGUGUCACUGCCAUGUUUAUUGCAAGUAAAUAUGAAGAAAUGUACCCUCCAGAAAUUGGUGACUUUGCCUUUGUGACUGACAACACUUACACCAAGCACCAAAUCAGACAGAUGGAAAUGAAGAUUCUAAGAUCUUUAAAUUUUGGUCUGGGCCGCCCUCUACCCCUACAUUUCCUUCGGAGAGCAUCUAAGAUUGGAGAGGUUGAUGUUGAGCAACAUACUUUGGCCAAAUACCUGAUGGAGCUAACUAUGCUGGAUUACGAUAUGGUGCACUUUCCUCCUUCUCAGAUUGCAGCAGGAGCUUUUUGCCUAGCACUAAAAAUUCUCGACAAUGGUGAAUGGACACCAACUUUACAGCAUUACCUGUCAUACACUGAAGAAUCCCUUCUAAAUGUUAUGCAACACCUGGCUAAGAAUAUAGUCAUGGUGAAUCGUGGGCUUACAAAGCACAUGACUAUCAAGAACAAGUAUGCCACAUCUAAGCAUGCUAAGAUCAGCACUCUAGCACAACUAAAUUCUGCACUAGUUCAAGAUUUAGCCAAGGCUGUGGCAAAGGUGUAACUUGUAAACUUGAGUUGGAGUACUAUAAUAACUACAAAUAAAAUUGGCACCAUGUGCCAUCUGUACAUAUUAUAUGUUACGUUUACUUACUUUUAAUAAAGUUUGUGGUCCUUUUUAUUUCUUACACCUUAA